AUGGACAUGCUGCUUUCUGCCUCUCUCUGCAGUCUGAUCGGUAGCCCUGUGGUCAUACAUUUAAAGUGCCACAGACUCAUAAGAAGAUAAUGUAUAUGGUACAGGGGCAGACUGACAACUCAUGGGGCCCCCGGGGAAUAGGGGAUCAUGGGGCCCCUGUGUCCUUGCCCAAACUCAAAAAAGCCUAUGAAAAAGGUACCGGGGGCAUCUCAUGGGGCCCCCUACUGACCCCGGGCCCUCGGGCAGUGCCCGAGUUUCCAAAUGGUCAGUCCGCCCCUGAUGUGGUAUUAUUA